GAGGGCUGAAUUGUCGGGAUACCGAACUAGACCACGUCAAUAUAACUGUAUGCAACUUUUACUUUGCUUGUUCAGCUUCAAAUGACAUUCAUUUAGUGUUUUGGAAAAGAGCGAAAAGGAGUUAGGGGGUGCUUAGCAGGAUAACAGCUGUCUGGAAUUAGAAUUUUUUUUCCAUUUGAUAAUUGUACUAUGUCACAAAUUUCGAAGAUAGACAUCGAACACCCAAGGUAUGACCAAGGCACAUUUAUAGGACGGGCAAAACAUUUCUUCAUCACCACAAACCCCCUGAAUGUACUGGCAACAGAAGCACAGCUUGAUCAUGCGCAGGACAUUGUGGAAAAAUACAGGAGAAAAGAGGAAAUUCCGGGUUUGACAGAGGAUCAAUUAUGGAAAGCCAAACAGUUAUAUGAUUCAGCUUUCCACCCAGACACACAUGAGAAAAUGCUUCUGAUUGGUAGAAUGUCUGCCCAAGUACCAAUGAACAUGACUAUUACUGGGUGUAUGAUGACAUUUUACAAGACCACUCCUGCAGUAGUGUUUUGGCAGUGGUUUAACCAGACGUUUAAUGCUGUUGUAAACUACACCAACAGAAGUGGAGACCACCCUAUACCUCUCAAACAUCUAGGUAUGUCCUAUGCUUUAGCUACCACAGGAGCAGUUGGAACAGCCUUAACUAUCAACAACAUGGUUAAGAAAUUCCCUCCUCUGAUUGGUCGAUUUGUACCAUUCACAGCAGUGGCAGCAGCCAACUGUAUCAAUAUCCCCAGUAUGAGAAGCAGAGAACUUAUGAAUGGAAUACCAGUAUUUGACGAAAAUGGCAACCGUUUGGGAGAAUCUAAGAUGGCUGCCAGAAGUGCCAUAUUUCAGGUGGUGGUAUCCAGAAUUUUAAUGGCAACUCCAGGAAUGAUGAUUCCACCCUUUAUAAUGAAUCAAAUGGAUAAGAAAAGUUUUAUGAAGAGAAUGCCGUGGCUGAAUGCACCUGUUCAGGUUCUUCUAGUGGGAUUUUUCUUAGUUUUUGCAACGCCCCUAUGCUGUGCAUUGUUCCCACAGAAAAGUUCCUUAGCUGUUAGUCACUUAGAGACAGAAGUCCGGGAGAAAAUUCAGGCCAUGCCAAACCCACCAGAGAGAGUUUACUUCAACAAGGGUUUAUGAGGAUUCAACAUUCUACUAUUACUACUUAAAGUGAAGUUCAGGGGACCAGCUGGUUAUUUUCAAUAUAUCCAAAGUUCAAAAUAAAUUGAGUUGAUCUCUUUUCAUCCAUUUUGGAAAAAUGGACUGUUGAUUUUUUAAUUUUUCAUCUAAAUGUGUAAGUGUACUUAUAAGUAUAUUCCUACACAUACAUGUAAGCAAUUCCAACCUUUCUAAUGUGUAGUACAAAGAACUGCCCUCAGUCUACAUAUCAACAUGAAGGAUUACAGACUCAGAAGAAAUAUCAUAAAGCAAAUGUACGAAACUUUUUAUACCCAGGGACUAGUGACAGUAUGGAACUUUUUAUACCCAGGGACUAAAGUGACAGGCUGUUUCUAUCUCCUCCAACAGUUUUCAGUCUAAGACUUUAAUUACAAUCACAAAAGUCUUAGAGCUUAUUGUCUGGAAUUUAUUUUCAACAGAAAAUUACAGCUUCCUUUAUAGACUAUUUAUAAAUUGAUUAUUAUGAACAACUUGUCAUUUUAUGAAAGAAAACUACUCUUUUAAGUUAUAUUUAUUUCUUACAGGCCUGGUCACAAGCAUUCAGUAUUAUACAACCAUCAAAUAAAUACUCCAUAACUUAAGGUAUAGUUUUAAUGUAUGAUAGACUGUUGAACUUGGGAAGUUUUUUAGUGAAAUGAUGCAUUUCAGUGAACUUGAGUUGGGUUUUUUUUUUGUGGCUUUGCACAAAUGACUGGAAUGGAUGUGGAAGUUUUUUAUAUAUAUAUAGUUUUUGGAAUUUUACCACGUUUUGCAUUUAUUUAUAGCCUUCACAUUUUCAUUUUACCUCCUGUAACUUUGAAAAAGAUCAUUAGAAAAACAACAAAACAUAAAAUUGUCCUACAUAAUAGAGUAUGGGGGCAUUAAAUGUCUCCCAGAAACACAUAUGAAGUUGUAUUUCAACAUCAUUAUAAUGUUUUAUACACCUCAUUUAAAUCAACUACAGGGCAUCAUCUUUGCUUAGGUCUUAUGAAAAUUUGCUGUGAAUUUUGUGGAUUUAACCACUGGUUAUUGUGUGAUAAACAAUGUUUUAAGAAUAAUGUUUUAAUAUUAAAACAUAUAUUGUGCACAUAA